AUGCAAUAAAAUUAAUGUGCCCGCUGUAACGUUGCAAACACAAAAUAUCCGACCCUUCAAAUUAAUUUGUCACUUCCUUUGACACUCGCGUCAGUUUGAACCGGAAAGCACUCGUCUUCAUAAUGACCUUUUGUUAUCUUAGUUCGGCCCAAUCACCAACCUCCUCUCUGUUAUUCUAGGUCAGUGCGUCCAGACGCUCACCAUCCACGAUGCUCUGCCGUCGCGACGCCUGUAAUUCGUCUGUGAUCUACCAGUGACUUAGUAAACACUCUCGAUGGCCCUGCCUCCUCUCAGUUGCUCCCCCAGGGUCAAGGAAGACCUGGUGUACCCAAUUACCUGCACCAUGGCGACUAAUCUAUUGGCGCCCGUGAAGACCGAGCAGCAGAUUCGUUUGAACUCCAUGCUGGAAGAUGAUCCGAACGCCAACUGCGACGUGGCUCCGAAGAAGAGGUUGGGGCCCCGGUGGGGGCCGCAGCACAAGGGGGCCCAGGAGCUGGCUAACCUCUACAGCACCGGAAAAAGAACCCAAGAAUGCAUAUGCGUCGGAAUAUGUAUGACUCUGAUGGGAGUCGAUUUCAUGUUCCUUUUGGUUCACUUCCGUUUGGAAAAGCUUAGCGAAGUCGUGGUGGCAGCCUUCUGCGGAAUAUUGUCAGCAGAUUUUGGGUCAGGUCUAGUGCACUGGGGAGCUGAUACCUGGGGAUCCGUAGAUUUACCUCUUAUAGGAAAGAAUUUUUUGCGACCAUUCCGAGAACACCAUAUUGAUCCAACGUCCAUAACCCGCCAUGAUUUCAUAGAAACCAACGGCGAUAAUUUUGCUGUUGCGAUACCAUUCCUGGGCCUUAUGGUGUGGGAUUUCCUCACUUUGUCCAAAGAAGAUGUUCAAAAUAGGUUUACAUGGUACUGUUAUAUUUUUCUCCUGGCAAUUUUUGUAGCCAUGACCAAUCAGAUUCACAAGUGGUCUCACACAUACUUCGGCCUUCCCAGCUGGGUGGUGUUUCUUCAAGAAUACCGCAUCAUCCUGCCGCGGCGCCACCAUCGUAUCCACCACGUCGCGCCACACGAAACCUACUUCUGCAUCACCACCGGCUGGCUGAACUGGCCGAUGGAAAAGCUGCGAUUCUGGAGUGCCUUAGAAACGGUCAUUGAGGCGGCGACGGGCAUCAAACCGCGCGCCGACGAUCUCAAGUGGGCUCAGAAGGGGACGUAAUGGCGGACGAUCGUUUUUGUCAAUUAUUUCUACAGCCGUUUGUCAUAAAUCUCUGAGCACCAAAUAAAAGAAGCAUACAAACGAUGUUCACUUAUUUCUAAGUUCUAAUAUCCUAAGCAAUUCUGUUUUCGAGACUGGGGUCCUUUUUGUUAUAAAUAAAUGAAUACUAAACGAA